CGGGACGGAGCGACUGGGCGGCCCGGGAAGGAAGCGUGCCAGGCAGACCUGGCCGCAGGUGUGAGGAGCCCCCCGCGGGUCUACCCCCAGCCCAGAGCUGCGGCCCGGUUCCGGGCGGGAGGCGCCAGGUGCGCUUCGCCCUGGGAGGGAUUUUCCGGUCCCGUGGGCACAGGGACAAGACCUCGGACUCCGUCUCCACCCCAAAGUGGGCCGGCCCGGCCGGGAUAAAACCCCCGUUCAGCCCGGAGGAGGGUGUGUGACUUCGGAGGACAAGGCUCUGCACCGCUGCCCGUCACCGAUCGAGGGACUUCUGCUCCGGUGAUUGAACUCUGAUCCUGACACUGAAUCAUGGCCAUGGGAACCAAAGGAGGCACUGUCAAGGCUGCGUCAGGCUUCAGCGCCCGGGACGAUGCCCAGGCCCUCAGGAAGGCCAUGAAAGGUCUCGGCACUGAUGAAGAUGCCAUUAUCAAUGUCCUGGCCUACCGGAACAUUGCCCAGCGCCAGGAAAUCAGAUCGGCCUACAAGUCCACCAUCGGCAGGGACCUGGUAGACGACCUGAAGUCGGAGCUGAGUGGCAACUUCGAGAAAGUGAUCGUGGGGAUGAUGAUGCCCACCGUGCUGUACGAUGUGCAGGAGCUGAACAGGGCCAUGAAGGGAGCUGGCACGGACGAGGGCUGCCUGAUUGAGAUCCUGGCCUCCAGGUCCACCGACGAGAUCCGCCGCAUCAAGGAGACCUACCAGCGACACUAUGGACGGAGCCUGGAGGAUGACAUUCGCUCUGACACGUCGUUCAUGUUCCAGCGGGUGCUUGUGUCCCUGCUGACUGGUGGAAGAGAUGAAGGAAGUCAUUUGGAUGAUGGUCUCAUGAGACAAGAUGCCAAGGACCUAUAUGAAGCUGGCGAGCAGAAGUGGGGGACAGAUGAAGUGAAGUUUCUUACGGUUCUUUGUUCCCGGAACCGAAACCACCUGCUGCAUGUGUUUGAUGAAUACAAAAGGAUAUCCCAGAAGGACAUUGAACAGAGUAUUAAAUCGGAAACAUCCGGGAGCUUUGAAGAUGCUUUGCUGGCGAUCGUGAAGUGCAUGAGGAACAAACCUGCAUAUUUUGCUGAAAGGCUUUAUAAAUCUAUGAAGGGCUUGGGCACCGAUGAUGACACCCUCAUCAGAGUGAUGGUUUCUCGAGCAGAGAUUGACAUGCUGGACAUUCGGGCCAACUUCAAGAGGAUCUAUGGGAAGUCUCUGCACUCCUUCAUCAAGGGUGACACAUCUGGAGACUACAAAAAGGUCCUGCUCAUUCUCUGUGGCGGCGACGACGAUUGAAGUAAAAUCCACAAAGGAUGGGAGGCUCCCGACCCUCUUGAUUUGUCUUGAACUUCAUUUUUCUACACUGCUAUUAGCAUGAUCUCAGACUUCUUAUUUCCAAUUAAAACGCCCACGGUUGCCUCCUAGGGUGUAGAGGGCCUGUAUUAUUAUUCAUCUAUAAUUACUCACUUUGAUACUUUAAAGCUGUACUUGCGUUUCGAAGCUUAUAAAACUUGAAAGGAAAUGUAAAAUUAGACGUAGAAAAUCUUCAGAGUGAUGCUUUUAAUACAUUUCCCCCGUGGUUGCAUUUCAGGGACUGGGAUAUGUUUGGGACGUAUGAAAUUGUUUCAGGUGUUCUCUUUGGUGGAAACCUAUUAAAGCGGACGUCUGGAAGGGUAUUCUAAAAGUCACCAUUCUUCUCUAAUCCAGUUUCUUAUGCGUUAGUAAUUUCUUGAUUUGAAGUGAUGAGCUGUUAGUAAGAAUACUCAUCUAAUAUGCUAUUUUAUACAAAGAGGCUGAACCUAUCCACACAGGUCCUUUGUUUAGGCUGCAUCUACAGCAUCAGUUGACGGUUAGCUACGUUUGGCCUGGGAGACGUUUCCCAUCACAUCUGCUGUUAAGAUCACUUGCUCUCACCGGGCUGACACAGGCCCAAUGCCUCUGAACAAAUCCAAUGCUAAAUGUAAUUACGUAUGUCUGGUUACCAAACAGGAAUCCUGAACAUUCCACAAUGUUCUAUCUUAAUCCAGCUCGAAGACCAAUGGGGGGGAAAUUAAGUAUCAAACUCAGUCUUCUGAUAAUGGUGCAAUGCUUUGAGUUUAGUUUGAUUUAAAAGAGACUCUUUGUGUGCUUAAAAUAACGUUUACGAUUGUUUUUCCAUCUCGGUGAUUUGUAGUAAAUUUGUCUUUGCUCUGUGCCUUUCAACUCUAGAAUCCUUCUGAAGGCGUACUUGGACUUCAUUCAAAAGUUGUUUGUCUGCAACAUGGAAAAAAGUGAUUUUAAUAAAACAUGGUUUCUGUUAAAA